UCUUUGUUUUGUGUAACAGUGGUCAUGCUUAAUUAUUGACUAUGCUUGCUAAACUUGUUUCACGAGCGUUUCUUCAGCGCGUAUUACCACGGACAUCUGUUAACCGAACUGCUAUCAAACUACCAGCAGAUUUAUUUGAGAAUGAAAAUGGCUUACAAGCUGAGCCAAUCGACAAUAAGUUCGCUGGUGAACCAGAGUCAUACAUGGAUUUUGAAGAAAAGGCAAGAGAAUUGAUGAAACCAGAGCGAGUAAAAGAGUCCAGUUAUAUUAAGGAGCUUGCAAAGCAUUUGAAUAAACCAAACAAACAGUUGGAUGGCUCAUUUCAUUUUAGUGGUAUUUCAAGUAUUGCAGACCAACAAGAGUUGAAUGGGGAACUGGUAAAGAUGUAUAACAAAGAUAUAAGUUCAUUGUGGUUGGAUAAAGAAGAUAGCCAUACACCAGAUGACCUGGAAUUAAAAUUGGCGUAUCAGUAUGCCCUGCAACUGGUUAUACCUGGAAGAUUUGACUUUCCAACGAAACAGGAUUAUGAUAAUUGUAAAGAUGAUCUAAAAAUUUGUGUAAAAUCUUUAAAUGAAUCUAAAAACUUUCUUAACGCCAUAAAAAAAUUAAUGAAACACUGGUCGCACAGUCGAUUGAAGGUUUUUAAUAAAUCAGAACAGAAAAACCAGAGUGAGGAUACAGUUAAGGUAAAACACACCUCACCAAAAAACACACUUCUGACAUUUUAUUCACCAAGUCUUAUGAUGCGUUUUAAUAAAAGACGUUUAAUAACAGCCCAGCAGCAUGGACAACCAAUGAUUGUUGACAUGGAUUUUGAGACCUACUCAAACGUGGGUGAUAUGUACAAGCAACUAUCGAAAGUAAUUGCUGAUAAUCGUCGUUUAUGUCACCCAUUUAAUGUUAUUAUGGCAAAUCAUAGGAAAGACAACGAGUUAAGUGCGUGGAGUAAAACAGAUUUCUUCAGAAAUAACGAUAACUCAGCUUAUCUCAAUGUUACUGAAAAAUCUUACCUUGACAUGCAGCCUUUGAUAAACCCGGAAAGUCUCAUAUAUUUGACUCCAGAUGCUUCUGAAUACAUGACUGAGUUUCAACAUGAUAAAGUUUACAUUUGGGCCGGGCUUGUGGACAAAAUUCCCCAGGCUGGGUUGACAAAGACAAAAGCACAUUCCGAGAAAAUAAAAUGUGAACGGUUUCCUUUAGAGUUGUAUUUGAAAUGGGGGGGAAUUGGAGCUAGGAAAAAUCUUUGCCUCACAGAUGUGUUUAACAUACUGGUAACUUUAAGAGAUACAGAUAAUGAUUGGGUAAAAGCUUUCAGUGCACUCUCAAACCGGUUUCACCGUGGUCUUACUGAGCUUGGAAAAUGGGCUGUAGAUUACGACGAAAAAAUUAUUCUUGAUUUCGAAUCUGGAAAGAGAAAGUUGGAAGAAAAAGAGAGAAACAAUAAAUUUACCAAAGUGUAUAAAACAAAACCCUAUUUUGGUCAAUCUGGGUUUGCUUCAAAAUUUUCGUAAAUCUUUAAAUCUUUCGUAAAAGUUUUUUUUUCGUUUUUACAAAUUCAAAGAAAUUUCGUAAAUAUUUUCAUUCUACUUUUAACAUGAACUGAUUUGUUGCAUAAGCUGUUAAAUUUAAAGCAAAUUAAGGAUUUUAUAAGUAAUUUUAUUUCUUGCAUUCAAGGAAA